CCUCAGUCCAACACGACCGACUGGUAUCACCAACGUCAGGGGCAUCAAACAUGGCUCUCCUAAUGACAUGUUGUUCUUUUAUCGUCAAUGUCUUAUGCAUGCCCCUGCAUCUGAUCCACGCUUUGGGCUUUUAUGAAAUGUACAAACGUUUCUUCCCAAUUUGUUUGUACCGGUGUUCCAUAAUGUACAACAAGAAAAUGUACGACAAGAAGAAGGAGCUGUUUCGCAGUCUCUCCGAGUUCAACAAGCCUGGGGCGCAGCUCACAAUUUUGGAGAUCGGCUGCGGCACUGGCACAAAUUUUGAGUUUUAUCCGCCCGGCUGCAAGGUGAUCUGCACUGACCCGAAUCCUCAUUUUCAGAAAUAUCUGACUAAAAGCAUGGGCGAGAACGACAAGCUCACAUAUGAGAGAUUUGUGGUGUCGUCGGGGGAGGACAUGGGGUCAGUUGAGAGCGAGUCGGUAGACGUUGUUGUCUGCACCCUGGUGCUCUGCUCUGUCAACAACAUACCGCAAACUCUGCGAGAGGUCCGCCGCAUGCUGAGACCAGGUGGAGCCCUCUUUUUCCUGGAGCAUGUCGUUGCAGAUCCCUCCACCUGGUCCUACUUCUUCCAGCAUGUUGUUCAGCCUUUUUGGUACUACUUCGGGGAUGGAUGUGAGGUCAUCCGCGAAACAUGGAAACAUCUGGAGGCCGCUGGAUUCUCUGACCUCAAGCUGAGACACAUCCAAGCACCUUUGUUGUUUCUAAUCAAACCACACAUUUUAGGUUAUGCUGUAAAAUAGAUUCUGCUUCAUGGCUUUGUAGGAAGAUUGCCUCACAUAAGAAUAAGCAAAGCACUUAACGCCUCUCCGCACUUUUGUGAUAUGAUUGAUCACCACCUGUGAGAAAUACCGCCAUUCACUCUUAAUACUAACUUUAUUUUUGUUUUGGAAUAAAAUCCUCAGUCUUUGUGUUUUGCAAAGACACAUUCUUUUAACACGUUGAAUAAAACAUUACAUAGACAACAUACAGUACUCAUUUCAUAUGCAGUUUAAGUGAAAAAUAUGUUUCUUUGUUUUUCUAUUUGUCAUUUCACCAGCUAAAAUACUGAUACUCAAUAUGAUACUGCCAUAGUAAUAUCAUUCAAUGUUGACGUGUUGCUACUGCUGGAUUAAUUUACCUUUUUAAGACAUGAAAAUAUAUAUUUUUGCUGUUAUCAAGCUUAUUGUGUUGUGUCUUAAUGUUGGCGAUUAAAGAGUUUGAUCCUGCUGCAUGA